AUGGAGGAAAUCUCUAAAUCCAUCUGGGAAAUCGUACCAUGGUGCAUUCUUUUCGCCGAUGAUAUAGUUUUGGUCGCAGAAACCAAGGAGGAGGCUAAUAGUAAAUUGGACGAGUGGAGGGAAGCCUUGGAGGAUAAGGGGUUGCCCAUAAGCCGUACGAAGACAGAAUAUUUGCGAUACAAUUUCAGUGGGACAGAAUCGAUAGGGGAGCCAGAGGUAACCAUAGGGGGAGAAGUUGUUGCAUGUACGUCCAAGUUCAAAUAUUUAAGAUCAGUGAUUCAGAGUAAUGGGGAGAUUUAUGGAGAUGUUACUAAUCAUAUACAAGCAGGUUGGCUUAAGUGGCGAGUAGCAAUCGGGGUGCUUUGUGAUAAAAAGUUCCCGAGGAGAUUAAAAGGUAAACUUUACCGCGUUGCAAUUAGGCCGGCGUUGUUGUAUGAGACAAAAUGUUGGCUCAUAAAGAAGGUUUUCGAACAGAGGGUGGAAGUAACAGAAAUGCGUAUGCUGAGAUAG